AUGUUGACGCGAUUAGAUGUGACUAAUUGUGGUCCGGGUCAAACCUCGAAAGGAAAAGGGACUUUUAGCGAUCAGAAAUCACAAAUUCCAAGCCAAAAUGAACCAUUUUCAGGCAGAGUGCUGAAGAUGGUGACGGAAAUGGGCUCGGCCACAAUUGGAGGAAUCUCACCGGCUUUGUCAGCCAACGCUGCUAAAUCUUUCUUGGAGGCCACUGACAAGGAAAAGAAAGAGCUUCAGGGUUUGAACGAUCGCCUCGGCAACUAUAUCGACCGAGUGAAGCGCUUAGAGGAACAGAACAGGAAACUGGUUGCCGAUCUGGACGAAUUGCGUGGAAAAUGGGGAAAAGACACUUCAGAAAUCAAGAUAAAAUACUCUACAUCGCUAUCGACCGCUCGCAAAGACAUCGAUGACUCUGCCAGAAGAAAGGCCGAGAUCGACGUCAAAGUGGCUCGUCUACGCGACGACCUAGCCGAGUAUAGAAGCCGGUGA